GAGGGAGUGCCCCAGGUUUCUGGUGAUAUGACAUGAUGACCAUCGUGUAAGGUCUCGAUGGCAAUGCAUCAGCUGAUGCGCCCCGCCCCCGAGUGGAGUUUAAGUUGUGAUGCCAAGUUGACAUGCUGUGCCUCGCCAUUUAUUCUAGAGGUACGGUAGCCUCAAUAAAAAGCGUCGUCAUAACUUCGUGCGUGUCGUUUCUCUUCGGUCGCCCGGAAUGAAGUUGUCUGUACCAGCCCUCCUGGCUGGAUUCUUCUCUCUGGCCCUAGUAGAUGCAGUUUCGGCGUCUCAAUGCCGCUGCACGUAUGGCGAAUCUUGCUGGCCGAGCGAUUCAGACUUCGCCCAGCUACACUCCCUGCUCUCUCAGCCUCUCGUCUAUCCAAAGCCAACCGCAUCCCCGUGCUACCCCUCGUCGAGCCCCUCGGGUAACUGCAGCGAAGUCCAGGAUAACUGGGCCAACGCCACGUGGCGAUCCGACUUACCUGGGAGCAUGGAGGAGCCUAACUGGGAGACGUUCACCCUCUCAAACGGCACCAUCGAGUCUUGCUACCUCGAGACGAACAUCACCGGAACAUGCGAGCAGGGAAAUGUACCAGUCGUGGCCGUUGAUGCCCGUAUGGCUUCCGAUAUACAAGCAGCCGUGAACUUCUCGGUAACGCAUAAUCUGAGGAUGGUCGUCAAGAACACAGGACACGAUUACAUUGGUCGGAGUGCGGGAAAAGGAGCGCUGAUGGUUUGGACCCACAACAUGAAGAACAUCUCGUAUGACUCUGCAUUUGUGCCCGAGGGAGCGCCAUCGUCUGAAACCUACAAUGCUUUCACGUUUGGUGCCGGCGUCCAAUGGUUUGAAGCUUACGACGCUGCCGAGAAGGAAGGUCGCCAUAUCGUCGGCGGCUUGGGAGUUACCGUCGGCACAACGGGUGGAUGGAUCCAAGGCGGAGGCCAUAGUUCCUUGUCGCCCACCUACGGACUGGGGGUCGAUAACGCAGUUCAAAUGACCGUGGUCGUCUCGACCGGCGAGCACCUCACCGUCAACGCUCACCAACACACGGAUCUAUUCUGGGCUCUCCGCGGCGGAGGUGGGGGGACAUAUGGCAUCCUCACGUCCGUCACGUACCGAACCUACCCCGUCGUACCCGUUGUAGCGGCUUCCUUCUCAGCGAACUCUACGAACACGUCCCUCCUCCAAGGCUUGUUCACCUCUAGUUUCGGGAUGUUACCCUCACUGGGUGACGCUGGCUGGGGUGGCUACGGAAUCCUCUCAAACACCACCCUCAGCUUCUUCUACAUGUCUCCGAAUGUCUCAUGGGCACAGGCCAACGAGACCUGGGAGCCGUUCUUUUCGCAAGCGGAGAACCUCACGCAAGCCGGUUUAAGUAUCGUGGGUGCGACAACGAUGAAUUUCUCGUCGUUCUACACGUUAUGGGACGAAGCUGGGCUCUCGCCAGUGCAACAAGGUGGUGGAGCCAUGGUUCUCGGCAAUCGCCUCAUUCCUCAACAGGCUAUCGAAUCGAACAACACCGGGCUGACUAAGGCACUCCUGGAGGUAAUACCCGACGUGUCGUGGAAUUCCGUCGCAGGAGGAAAAGUAGCGGAGGCCGACCCUGAUUCCGCCGGGUUGAAUCCAGCGUGGCGAAAGGCGCUUGUAUCGAUAAACUGGGGUGCAACCUGGGACGACGGCACAGACGCACAGGAGAUUACGGGUCUCCUCAACACCGUUAAAGAGCAGGAGGCCAGCAUACGGGCACUGAUGCCCGAAUCAGGUUGCUAUUUUAACGAGGCAUCUCCAUUUGAAGCCGAUUUCCAAUACACAUUCUUCGGCGACCACUAUGCAAAGUUGAAGUCUAUUAAGGACCAAUAUGAUCCACACGGUUUGUUCGUCGUAAGGCAGGGAGUUGGAUCCGACGAGUGGAAUGACGACUUGACAUGCCGAGUCAAGUAGGUUCGAUUUACCAUAUGCACCUUUUGCAACAUAUACCAGGUCUCACCUGUCGCAUACGUCGAUAUACCGUUAGCCAUCCCUAAUGACAACCUUGAUACGGUCUUCUUAUACGCGCUCAUUGUAUGACAGAAGAGUACAUUGCC